UGUUUCCAACUCAGACAGUUCUGUGGCUUGUUCUGCACCCUCCAAAUGUGUCUCAAUCAAUUCUUUCCAUGUCUUCAGGGAAUUAACACAGUCUUGGAGCAAGUUCUCCUGUCUUUCAUGUUGCGACGCCAUUUUUUCAAAAUGACAAACAGGCACACCAACCGCGUCAAUAAAUUAACCAAAAUUGCGUAAUUACGGUUUUAAUAAUUUGCUUUUUGUUGUGGGAAAUAGAGUUCAUAUAUAAAAAAAUAUAGGAACUCUAGCGGGAACUAACCAAAUAGAAUUAGUUUUAUUUUUCGAAACGCGUAAAAUCAAUGAAUUGUUGAUUUCAAUACCAACCUUACGCAACUAAAAUCCCAAUUUAUAACCCCACUUUUUCGAGUAGUUUAAACGGUAAAUAAUGGCAAAAAACGAGGUGAAUAACACCGAGAGCCGGGAAAUUACCGAAGGCCUGGCCAAGAUUAAAACCCAAGGGAGUGUUUUUUACAACCCGGUCCAGGAAUUCAACCGUGAUUUGAGUAUUGUAGUCUUAAAUACGUUUGUGGAAGACUACAAAUGUGAUUCUCAUAGUGUGUGGGAGACUGGACACAAGUACGACGACGGUAUCAGUAUUUUAGAAGCUCUCUCAGCCACUGGUUUAAGGAGUAUAAGAUACGCCAAAGAAGUCAAAGGAGUUAAAGAAAUCGUCGCUAAUGACAUAUCAAUUAAAGCAGUUGAAGACAUAAAAUGCAACAUUGCCGAUAAUAAAGUUGAAGAUUUAGUGGUGGCAAGCCACGAUGAUGCUACUAUGUUGAUGUAUAAAAGUCGUAAAGAGCGUCGUUUUGAUGCAAUUGACCUUGACCCUUAUGGCUGCCCCUCGAUUUUCCUCGACUCAGCAGUCCAGACGAUCAAAGAAGGGGGCUUACUGUUAAUCACAGCCACGGAUAUGGCAGUACUCGCAGGAAACUCCCCUGAGACAUGUUACAGCAAAUAUGGGGCUGUAUCAUUACGCAUGAAAGCCUGCCACGAGAUGGCCUUGAGGAUUCUAUUACAGUGUAUUGAGGCACAUGCUAACAGAUAUGGACGCUAUAUAACCCCCUUGUUGUCUCUAUCGGCCGAUUUUUACAUCAGGGUUUUCGUCCGAGUGUUCACAAGUCCGAAAAAAUGCAAACAAACUUUGAGUAAAUUAUCAAUGGUUCACCACUGUACUGGAUGUGGCAGUCACGUAUUGCACCCCCUUGGGGUCAUUAAAACAAAUGAUAAAACGAAACAAAUGAAAUACGGUUUGCCGACUCGGGGGUUCCCCAAUAUUUGCGAACAUUGUGACCACCCGUUUCAUAUGGGGGGCCCUGUAUGGAACGCCCCCUUACAUUCACCGGAAUUUAUUACAAAACUAUUAAACCAAAUCCCCGAAAAUUUGGGUACUUUUAAACGUAUACAGGGUGUUCUGAAUGUAAUAAACGAAGAGUUGCACGAUGCCCCCUUGUAUUACACUCUCGAACAAUUAAGUGGGACUUUACAUGUCGAGACACCUUCGAUGGGGGCUAUCAGAUCGGCGAUAUUAAAUGCCGGCUUUCAAGUGUCCUACACACACAUGAAUAAGACUUCGAUUAAAACAAACGCCCCGAAUGGGUUGGUCUGGGACAUUAUGAGGGCCUGGGAGGGGCAACAUCCCGUCAAUAAAAAGAGAUUGGUUGAGAAUAGCCCCGCAACGAAUAUUUUAAAGAAAGAAAGACAGUUUGAGGUUUCAUUUGAGUAUCAUGAAGGGGCAAAUCCCCAGUCGAAAAAAAUGGGGUUUGUGAGAUUCCAGCAAAAUCCGAUGCCAAAUUGGGGCCCCGGAACAAGAGCCACGGCCAUGGUUGGGGACAAUAAAUUAGAGAAAAGGAAACGAAAUCAAGGGAAAAGGAAAAGAGAAGCGUCCACUUAAACAAAAAUAUUUUUUUUAUGACAUUUGAGUUAUUAAAUGACAGUAAAAUGUCAAAAUUGUCAAACAGUCAUAGCCGCCCUAUACAUUUUUUUUUACCAUUUUGACAGUGAAAUGUCAAGCAUAGCCGCCUUACACAAAGUGUAAACUUGUUUAUUCUAAAUUAAAAAAUUAAUCAUUGAAA